AUGCCCAACGCCUCUUCCUGGAGUGCUAGCUCGCCUCUGCUGCUGCUCUGGGAGGACUCCUCCGGGACCCGCAUCUUCCUGUCGCUGCUCUAUGCAGUUUUAGCUAUCUCAGGGACUUUAUCCAAUGUGAUGGUCAUCUAUUUAGUCUUCUCCUUCAAGAAGCUGCAGACAACCAGCAAUGCCUUCAUCGUGAACGGCUGUGCGGCAGACCUAAGCGUGUGCGCCCUGUGGAUGCCCCAGGAGGCUGUGCUAGGGUUGCUGCCUCCCAACUCCUCCUCCCUUCGCUCGGCGGAGUACCGGCUGCUCCGAGGGGGGCUCCUCGGCCUCGGCCUCACCGUCUCCUUGGCCUCGCACCUGCUGGUGGCCUUCAACAGGUACGUGCUCAUCACCAAGCUGCCCAGCGUGUACCAGGCCCUCUACCAGCGGAGGCACACGGGCUGCAUGAUCGGGCUCUCCUGGGCCCUCGCCCUGCUCCUGGUCCCGCUGCUGCCCGGGCUCUGGCCCUGGGGCUCUGCCCGGCAGCCGCCCCCGCGGCAGACGGACGGCAGCUCUCGCUACACCGCCCUGCUCCUCGCCCUGGCCGUGCUGGGCCAGACCGCGCUGCUGCUCCACUGCUACCUCGGCAUCGUGCGCCGG